GUCUCUCCCGCAGUGCCAGCCUCUCCGAGAAGGAGCUGAAGGAGGCAAAGGCGCGGAGCCGGAGGAUCGCGGCACAGCUCACCACGGCACCAGGCCCCAGCUCCAAGGGCCGCAUCGACGGGCUGGCCGGGGCUGGGCAUGGCGAGGGGCUGCCGCCCCGGCAAGUGGCCAUGGAGGAGGGCGAGGGGCAGGGGAUGAAGCCGGAGUCUGACCAGCCCAGUGCCACAGGAGAGGGGCUGCAGGAAAACGCAUCCCUGUGCUGGGAGCCGCCUGCUGAGGUGCAGCAGGUGCCUGGUGAGGUGCCUCUCGAGGUGCCCAGCGAGGUGCCCGGCAAGAUGCCUGGUGAGGUGCCUGUCAGUAUGCCCAGCGAGGUGCCCAGCGAGGUGCCUGGUGAGGUGCCUGUCAAGGUGCCCAGCAAGAUGCCUGGUAAGGUGCCUGUCAGUAUGCCCAGCAAGGUGCCUGGUGAGGUGCCCAGCAAGAUGCCUGGUGAGGUGCCUGGUGAGGCGUCUGGCAAGGCACCCAACACGCCGGUGGGGACAGCCACAGGGACGGCAUCCCAACCCAGCCGGCAGCAGAACGGGACGCAGGGCCGGCAGUACUAUGAGGUUCACCUCACCCUGGCCAAGCCCAAGCCUGUGAAGAACCGGACGGCCAGGCCCUUUGGCACUCAGACAUCCCCCACCAGCGGCCAGCCCGCAGAGGGAUCCCCUGCUGCUGAGCUGCCCCCACCGCCCACCUACGCAGAAACCCUGAGCAGUCCCCCGCCCCUCACCCGUGUCCGCUCCUGUGGAGUGACUGGACCGAACCCCCUGCCCAAAACGGGGAUCCUGGAGGAGUCAGCCGCCCGGAGAGCCAGCAAAAAGUCCAUGUUCACCUUUGUUGAGAAGCCAAAGCUGGGCCCCAACCCUGAUCUGCUGGACCUGGUCCAGAGCGUGGACAGCAGGAAGAAGCAGAAGGAACAGGGGGAGCCCAGUGCUGAGGAUGAGCCCUUCGCCCUCGGGGCCGAAGCUGCCAACUUCAUCUCCAACAGCACAGCCAGGAGCAGGCAGCACCUCCCAACGGCAUUUUUUUUUGAUGCUCCAGCGUGGUCCUCCUGCCUCAAGUCCCCCACCAUCCAGCCCAAGCCGAAGCCACAACCCAGCCACAACCUCAGCGAAGCAAGAGGGAAGGGGGCUGAGCUCUUUGCCCGCCGGCAGUCCAGGAUGGAGAAAUUCAUCAUCGAGGCUCCUUCCCAACCUGAGCUGCUGCGGUCCCCAUCACCCACCAUGUCCCUGCCUCCCUCCUGGAAGUAUGACACCAACGCUUGCCUGUCACCCAUGGUCUCCAGACACCUCUCCAAGAGUCCCUCCAGGCCCUCCAAAACUCCUCCAGCAUCUUUGUAUAGUGGCAACCUGAUGGAGAAUGAGGUCUCCCAGAAGGAGCUAGAGAUCUCCAAGCACCAGCCGUACCAGCUCCAGUCUUCACUCUUCAUCCUCUCCCCAUCCAAGGGGCCACACCACCGGGGCUCUGCCCCUGACUCACGACAGCCGUGCUGGUCCUGGCGCCCCAGCCGAGGUGCUGCUGUUUUGCUGCUGGCCUCCCCGUGCCGCCUGCUGCCGCCCCGAGCCAAGGGGGGCUUCCAGGCGCCCCGGCCCUCCUACUCCACCAGGAACGCCGGCAUUGAGCCACAGGUGUGGAAACCUUCUUUUUACUACAAGUAG